AUGGAAGCCUACAUGGUCGUUCAUGCCCAUCCAUCUCCGUCCGGCGCCUCUGCUGAACCACACAAUUCUCCCGGCCACCGCGACUCCUCGCCAAGCUCGAUUCAAUAUAGUUCAAUAUAUCCUGAGGUAAAAGAAGAACUGAUUGUUGAUUUUGCUCCUGAUUCAAAGAACCAGAACGUGCAAGGAGACAGAAUGGUUGAGUUUGUUCCAGAUACAAUUAAUCAGGAGGCAGAAGAGUCUCUAGAUGAAGAACGUAGCAGCGAUGUCUCGAUAAACGAUGUCGAUGAAGACUCUAUUGAGUACCUGCGUAGGCAAGUUGUCGAAGACUCCGAGGAAGAAGACAAACAAGAUGAAGUAUACCAGAAGGUCAGGAAGGAAUUUAAUGAAAGACGUGCUAGUGAUGCUGCAUUGAGGAGGGAAGCAAGAGCCAGGAAUGCACCUAGGCAUAAGGUUGCGAGGGGACCUCAAACAGUUUCUGAAGGUCAAGGCGAUGAAGAAAUGCAAGCAGAGAGUGCAGAUGGGUAUGACCCAAUGCAAGAUUUGUUGCAUGAUAUGUUUCCUCAAAAUAAUAAUCCAACUGAGCAAACAACGACACCACCAACUAACGAAGAGGAACCAAAUAAUGAAGCAGCAAAGUUUUAUAAAUUGCUUGACAACUACAACCAGCCACUUUAUGAAGGUUCUAGCACCACUAAAUUAUCUGCACUAGUUAACUUGCUUCACAUUAAGAAUUUGGGAAAGUGGAGCAACAAGUCCUUCACCAUGUUGUUGGAAUAUCUGUGGAAGGCUUUCCUACCACAGAACUCUACUUUGCCAAAUUCUUAUUAUGAAGCGAAAAAAACUAUUCAAGAACUAGGACUGAGUUAUAGGAAAAUUGAUGCUUGCACGAAUCAUUGCAUGCUCUACUGGAAAGAAGAUAUAAAUGCGGAGUCGUGCAAGGUGUGUGGAGCAUCUAGAUGGAAAGAAGACAAGCGCACAGGCACCACUCUGCACUCGGCAAAAGGGAAGAAGAUUCCACAAAAAACUAUGCGGUAUUUUCCCUUAAAGCCAAGGCUGCAAAGGAUGUUCAUGUGCCACAAAACUGCUGAAUCCUUUAGGUGGCAUGCGGAGGGCAGGGUAGAUGAUGGUGUCAUUAGAUGCCCUGCUGACUCGAAAGCUUGGAAAUAUUUUGAUGCAAAAAACAUCCCAUUUGCAAAAGAAAUUCGCAAUCUUAGGUUUUGUCUCUCUUCUGAUGGUUUCCAACCAUAUAAAACAAUGCGAACAUCUCAUAGCAUCUGGCCCGUAUUCCUUGUUCCCCUAAAUUUUCCCCCAUGGAUGUGCAUGAAACAAGAAAAUGUGAUGUUGUCCAUGUUGAUUCCAAGGCCUGAUGGUCCUGGUGAUGCAAUUGAUAUUUAUCUGCAACCACUUGUAGAGGAAUUUACUGAACUAUGGAACGAGGGUGUUGACACCUAUGAUGCAUCAACGAAAACAAGUUUCACACUGCGUGCAGCACUUCUGUGGAUGGUCCAUGACUUCCCUGGUUAUGCCAACCUCUCUGGAUAUAGCACAAAAGGAAAAUUGGCUUGUCCAGUAUGCCACAGUGGGACUUGUUCAUUAAGGCUUAAAAAAGGUGGGAAGUUCUGUUACAUGGGGCAUCGACGCUUUGUUCAUAAAAACCAUAGGUGGAGGAAAGAUAAAAAAUCUUUUGAUGGUACCAUAGAAACCAGAGAACCACCAACACCCUUAACAGGACAAAAUGUGAUGGACCAAGUGGCUGAUCUAGAGGGGAUUAUCUUGUCUAAAGAUGCAAGUAAGAAGACAAAGGUGUCCCACGAUGAAAGAGGAGAUAGCUGGAACAAAAGAAGUAUAUUUUGUAAUUUGCCAUAUUUCAAAACUCUCUUGUUGCGCCAUAACCUUGAUGUCAUGCAUAUAGAAAAGAAUAUAUGUGAUAGCAGCAUGGCAACAAUUAUGGAUGUCAAAGGAAAAACGAAGGAUAACAUAAAUUCUCGGCACGAUUUGCAACGAAUGAAAAUAAGGCCAGGUAUGCAUCCGGACAAGGAAGGGGACAAGCCUACUUUUCCAUCUGUGCCUUUCACUUUGCUUCCACCCAAUAAGAUUUUGUUCCUUCGGUUUUUUAAGGACCUCGAAGUUCUAGAUGGAUUUUUUUCAAACCUUGGCCGCUGCACUAAUAUGAAAGAGAAAAAAAAUUUAGGACUGAAGAGCCACGACUGCCAUGUUAUACUAAAUCAUUUACUUCCUCUUGCACUACGUGGACUUGUUCCCCAGAAUAUUUAUGACCCUUUGGUUGAGCUUUCACAAUUCUUUUGCAAAUUAAACUCCAAAUCACUUUCAGUAGAAGAACUUAAUGAAAUGCAGGCCCAAAUACCUGUGACACUAUGUAAGCUUGAAAAGGAAUUCCCACCGUCCUUUUUUGAUGUCAUGAUGCAUCUGCCUGUUCAUUUGGCUAAUGAGGCUCUUGUUGGUGGACGUACAAUAUAUCGGUGGAUGUAUCUCUUUGAGAGACAAAUAAAGUGUCUGAAAUCGCUAGUGCGAAAUUUGGCACGACCUGAGGCUUCCAUUGCAGAGGGAUACAUUGCAGAAGAGUUCAUUACAUUGUGCUCUAGGUAUUUGGAUGAUGUCGAGACAAAGCAUAACCGACCAGGCAGAAUCAAUGAUGCACCAGGGGAUGACAACUAUUAUUUUUCAAUAUUCAAUCCGGAUGGAAGGCCAUCCGGUGGUCGUAAACCUAGAGAUCUUAAUCUUCUUGAAGCAGAGCAAGCUCAUAUUUAUGUUUUGAGAAAUUGUGAUGAAGUUCAACCAUAUAUCAGUGAGUACUCCAGUAGUCAAGAUGGAUGUUCACUGCAACCAUUUACCACCACGUGGAACCAGAAGUUCAAUCAGUGGUUCAAAGAGAAGGUAGCCAGCUUGCACGAACAUGAUAAGAGUGAGCUCACCGAAGACCUUUUGGCACUAUCACGUGGUCCAUUGGAAAAUGUAACAUGUUUUACUGGCUAUGACAUGAAUGGAUUCAGAUAUCGUGUUCAAAGUCGAGAUAGACACCUCUGCACACAGAACAGUGGGGUGGCUGUACUUUCAGAACAAGGGGAUAAUGGUAAUGCAGUAGAAUAUUAUGGCAUAUUGACAGAGAUAGUCAAACUGCAAUACUUAGGUGGAAGGCGUGUGACAUUAUUCCGUUGCAACUGGAUUGACGUAUUUGACAAAGAGCAUGGGAUGAAGAAAGACAACAAGCAUGGAAUCGUUAGUCUUAACCUGUAGCGUUUGCUUCUGACAGAUGAGCCUUUCGUUCUAGCUAGCCAAGUCUCUCAAGUAUUUUUUGUCAACGACAAUCUUAUAAAAGGAUGGCACGCAGUCGUGAAAAAUCCAUCACGUCAUGCUUAUAGUGUACCACAUGGACAGUCUGAUGAUGAAGCCUCUGAAGCUGAACCUGACAAUGGCGAUGAAGAUGACUUGCUUCAAAAUUCGACAUCAACAUCACGUAGAAAGAGAACAACAUGAUGACACUAGUUUAUGCAACUCUUAAUCUGUAGCAAUCGAUUUGCUUCAUAUUUUUGCUUUUACCUUAUUAAUAAACAGUGACACAAGUAGUUCUGUACUUACUUAAUUUGAUUUAGCAUUCAAUAAUUCAUUAUCAGUAUAUCAAUAUUCACUUAUUUAAUUCAAUUUUACUUUGUAUAGCCUUUGUGCACACUUCAAACUAACUCUAUAUGCGUAGGGUAUCACAAUGAGUCAGCACAGGUAUGGAAACUUGACAGCAUUAGCUCGGGAAAGAUGCUCCUCACAGUUGAAUAAGUCUGGACUGGUACACCAGGGUAUUGCUAGGCGGACCUUGCCAGAGAAAUCAAGUCAAAUAGCAGAUUUCAACAGAAAAAGGGUUACUCACAAGCCUCAUUUGCAAGAUGAGGAACUGUGGAAAAAGUAUGAGUUAGCUGCAAAAGGUACUACAGAAACAUGAAAAUAUUAUUCAAGCUAUCUACUAAAGGAUGAUAUAAUGUGGUUGCUUGUUUUCAUAGAUGGAAAUGAUGCGGCAACAAAUACACCAAUCUUGUUUACUACAAAUUGGGAUGCUGAUGAUUCCGGAACUAUGAGUGAUGAAGCUGAUACCAGCAAUGAUGGUGACAUGGGAAAUGAUAUGCAUGAUUUUCAUGAUGGUGCAAAUGGUGCAGAUGAAUUAUUGGGUAAUGAAAAUCUGGAAAGUGAAGAAUCCUAGGAUAGCCAUGGCUUUGCAGGUACCUCAAAGACCAGUAAGCACAACAAUGCAACUGAAUUAGUUGAUGAAAAUCUGGAAAAUGAAGAAGUGCGGGGUAACCAUGACCUUACAGCUACGUCCAAGACUAGACCUCAAACAGGUGAAAAGCGCAGGGUCCGUGGGAAAAAUAAAUGCAAGGAAGUAGCUGAUCUCAUGGAGUCCCAAAAAAUUAAAGUCCGGUUUUACAAUAACCGUGCGCUUUCCAAAAGUUUUGCACGACACUUUUGUAGAAUCGUCCGUAAUCCUGGAAUUACCCCGAUGAGGGUAAAGGAAUGGUCCAAUAUUACUGAUGCAGCACGGAAACAUAUA